CCGAUGCCAGCGACAGGUGGACGUCACCGCUGGCUGCGGCGAGUGCGGCGCUCGCUCCGCAGUGACAGUCUGUCAGUCGGCGCGAUGGACGUGUCAACAACGUUCGAUAGCGUGUUUAGAUUUCGUUACAAUGUUUUCCCGCCGCACUGUCUGCCGACGGGCGUGGAUGUCAUGCGCGUGGUGUUUUUUAAUAUGCAUGACUUGGAUCAUCGGAUGAGUUUGAAUGAGAGUGCACGUUGUGUCGGCAAGAUGUUGCGCGUGCGAUGGCUGGAAGAGAACCGUGCCUCCAUGUCCUUGAAUGCUGUCGUCACCAAGAUCAAGAAGGUGCACGACACAUUCUGUAAAGUGCGCAGGGACGAAAGUCGCCCUUGCUACCAUGGUCGCCUGGACGCGUUCAAGAGUGACAUGAACGCGGUUUUUGACAUCGGGGCCAAAGACAGCGUGGGUGUCGUGCCCGCGCGCGCGGUGAAGCGCCAGGCCUUGCGUCAGAGCGGCGAAGUGAAAAAGCGCCAGCGCAAGUGCCAGGACAACACACCGCAGGCCGCAGGGGAUGUAGUCAAGGUCGAGGUCGAGGUGUAUGACUCCGAUCCUGACCCCGAAUUCCUCCCUGGGACUUCCCUCUCUGCGGUGCCGUCCUCCGUCUGCACCAACCUGGACCGAGGGAAGGUGUCCUCGCGGGCUGCGUUCCGCACCCUGGCUGCGAAGGCCGCAGAGGAUGGGGACGAGCACUGCUUGAGUCACACCACCCUGUGGCGGCGAAGGAGGGAAGAGCGCUCUGAGGCUGCAAACACCAUCCGAGCCACUUUUGCCCCCAAGGGCCCGCAGACCGUUCACUGGGACGGCAUAAAAGUGCCUCGUUUGGACGGAAAACGUGGUGCCAACGGGAAGAAGGAGCUCGUCGAGAGGCUGCCUGUUGUUGUGUCUGGGUCAGAUGGUAAUGAGCAGCUACUGAGUGCCGAUGUUUUGCCAGACGGCACCGGCGAGGCUCAGGCAACGGCAGUCAUGACUCAACUUGAGUGCUGGAAGUGUGGCGAAAAGGUGACUGUUGCCUGCGCCGACACAACGUCGUCAAUCACUGGUCCACACAAUGGUGCCAUAGUUAUCCUGGAGGAGAAACUAGGGAAGAUUCUAAUUUACACUGCGUGUCGUCACCAUCUUUUGGAGACGAUUCCAAAGCAUGUGUUUCACAAAACAGUGGAGCCCUCCACUUCUCCUGAUUUGGGACCUCUUUGUACCAGCUUUAUGAACAAGUGGAAUUCUAUGGACCACACGAACUAUCUGCCUGCUACUCAGGACUCAGAGUGCAAAGAAUUUUUACCAGAUGACAAAAUAUUAGAAAUUCUGAAUUUUGCAAAAAAUACACUGAAGCGUCCAUUGAUUCGCUGUGACUAUAAAUACCUUCUUGAGUUGGUCGUUAUUUUCCUGGGAGAGGUCCCUCCUACGCAGCCAAACGGUGUGCACUUCCGAUCACCUAUGGCUCUGUCGUCCGCCAGAUUCAUGGGAAGGAUAAUUUAUUGUCUCAGUAUGCACAUGUUUGCCCUAACAGGAGAAUUUCAAGUGACGCCCGCCACUCUGACAAAAUUACGAAACUUCAACUUGUUCCAUGUAAUGAACUAUCUAGAACCAUGGUUCAGUGCCACAAAUGGUAUCGAGGCCCCUCUCAACGACCUGAGGCUUUUGCAUAAUAUCAUCGAACACGCGGAAGUGAACGUGCUGUGUUCAAAAGUGGCCCGUGAAGCUUUUGUGAACCAUCUGUGGUAUUUGUCUCCACACUGUGUGCCCUUUGCUCUCUUUGAUGACCGGGUUGGUCAUGAGACGAAGAGGGCAAUGGUUGCUAACCUGACUAAGAAAGUGAAGGAGGCAAAAAGGGCCAACAAGAGUAAGAAGAGUAAGAAGAGUAAGAAGAAAAGCAGGGGAAUUCCCGACAGGCCUCCCAUGCGCUACCUGGCUGGGGAGAAAACGCCGGUGUCCCGUCUUCGGCAGCUGAGACUUCCACAGUUCGUUAAUGAGCACAGCAUGCUAUUUUUCUCAGCUUUUGGUUUGGAAACCUCCUUUUUAACCAAAGACCCCCAAGAAUGGGAAAGUGACCCUGUAUUCAAGGAGAACCAAAGCAAACUGCGGAACGUGCAAGUUGUCAAUGACACAGCAGAGCGCUCUGUCGCUCUGUGCAAGAACUUCAAUGGGGAACUGACGCGAGACGAAAAGGACUUCCAAAAUUUGUUACUGGUUCAAAAGAAAGUGAAGUCGGAGGAGCAAGACAACUCGCUGCGAGUCACGUACUUUUGUCCCAAAUUAGAAGAGUAAAGCAAGUGGGUUCCAAUCAAUAAAUAAAGAGCAGUGAUUUUGUUAUAAAAAUACCUAAUGACA